GCCUAAUGUCUCUCGAACCCAUAGCCAUUGUCGGAACAGGAUGUCGCUUUCCUGGAUCCUCCUCCUCACCAGCUCGUCUCUGGGAUCUUAUUCAGAAUCCGCGAGAUGUCGCCUCCAAAGUUCCCAGUGGCCGAUUCAACGUGGGUGCAUUUUACCAUCCAAACAGCCAACAGCACGGGGCGACAAGCGUGGCUGAGUCGUAUUUCCUAGAGGAAGAUAUACGAGCCUUUGACGCUUCUUUCUUCAACAUCUCUCCAGCAGAAGCAGCUGCCUUGGAUCCGCAACAACGUCUGCUUCUAGAAACUGUUUCUGAUUCCCUCGAUGCCGGCGGGCAUAGACUCGAUGUCUUACAGGGUUCGCCUACGGGGGUCUAUUGUGGCUUCCUCCGUACAGAUUACAGUCAGAUACAAUUUGCAGAUCCAGAUUCGAUUCCUCCAUACACGGUCACCGGAAACUCGCCCGCGAUCAUGGCCAACCGAAUCUCAUACUUUUUCAACUGGACUGGGCCAUCAUUCUCUGUGGAUACCGGGUGCUCCUCCAGCUUGCUGGCUGUCCAUCUGGCUGUCGAGGCAUUAAGGAAAGGUGACUGUGCGAUGGCUGUCGCGGUGGGGAGUAAUCUAAUCCUAUCUCCAAACGCCUAUAUUGCCGACGCAAAAACAGGGAUGCUGUCUGCUACAGGCCGGUCGCGGAUGUGGGAUGCAUCCGCCGAUGGCUACGCCCGAGGAGAGGGGGUCGCCUCCGUGGUUCUAAAACGACUGAGCGAUGCUACCGCUGCAGGGGACGAGAUUGAGUGUGUGAUUCGGGCUACAGGAGUGAACAGCGACGGGCGGACAAUGGGUAUCACGAUGCCGAACGGACAAGCCCAGCAGCAACUGAUCGAGUCAACUUACGCCAGUAUCGGCCUUGAUCCAAAGAAUGCCGAGCAGAGAUGUCAAUAUUUUGAGGCGCACGGGACGGGGACGCAGGCAGGAGACCCCCAAGAAGCCAGUGCCAUUUAUGGGGCUUUCUUUGGGGAUGCCGCACCGGAAGACUCUCAAGUCCUGCAUGUUGGUUCGAUUAAGACUGUGAUUGGUCAUACAGAAGCGACAGCUGGCUUGGCUGGGCUGAUCAAGGCGUCAUUGUGUUUGCAGCAUGGGGAGAUUGUUCCGAACCUGCUGCUAUCCUCGCCCAACCCUCGGAUCGUACCUUAUCUAUCUCGACUGCGAGUGCCAGAUGAACGUGUCCCAUGGCCGAGCUUGUCACCCGGGGUACCUCGCCGCGCUUCAGUGAAUUCCUUUGGCUUUGGCGGUGCUAAUGUUCAUGCCAUUCUCGAAAGCUAUGCCCCGCCGUCCUCUCCUCGGCGCCGCAAAGAAGAUGAAGUGGGCUCUUGCCUUCUCCCUUUUGCUGUUUCGGCAGCUUCUGAACUCUCAUUAGGAAUGGUGCUGAAGGAUCUCCUCCAGUUCCUCGAUGAUAACCCAAUGAUUAACCUCAUGGAUCUUGCUUUGACCUUGAUGACACGCCGUUCAUGUCAUAAAUACCGCGUAAUGUUUACUGCCACCUCAGCAGACGAGCUCAGAGACCAAAUUACAAAGGAGAUAUCCCGCCGAUCCAGUGGCCGCAUGCCGGUCGGCCUUCGUCGCCAUGUCCAGUCUCAUCUUAACUCCCGGAUCCUGGGCAUAUUUACUGGCCAGGGGGCACAAUGGCCGCAGAUGGGCCUUGAUCUCAUCAGGACAAGUCCGCAGGCCCAGAAAUGGAUGGCCGAUAUGCAAGGAGCCCUCGAUUCGCUACCUCUACAAUACCGGCCCGACUUCGACCUCAUGACUGAGCUGGCAGCCCCCGACUCGGACUCACGAGUCCACGAAGCUGGCGUCUCACAACCCCUCCGCACGGCCAUUCAAAUCGUUCAAACCAACCUCCUUCGCAACCUUGGGCUCAAAUUUGAUAGCGUGAUCGGCCACUCCUCCGGCGAGAUUGCCGCCGCAUAUGCUGCUGGAAUGCUCGACCUCGCAGACACGAUCCGGGUUGCCUAUCUACGAGGCUGGGCGAUCCAACAGUCUCAGCACCAACAAAAUCCUGGGAGCAUGGUCGCCGUGAUGCUCAAUUGGAAACAAGCAGGGGAAAUCUGCAAUCGCCCUCAAUAUGUCGGAAAAAUUCAAAUUGCAGCCUACAACUCCCCUACAAGUGUGACGCUCUCCGGCGACCGUGAGGCCAUCGACGAACUAGUCUGGUUGCUUUCUAGUUUGGGACAAGCCGUGCACCCUCUCCAUGUUGAUACUGCGUACCAUUCGCACCAUAUGCAUUUGAGCGCGGAGGUGUACAGACGGGCGUUGGAAGCUUGCAAAAUUCAACCAAGGAAGCCGAGCUGCCCGGUGCGCUGGUUCUCAACCGCGUACCCAGGGGUGGACCUUAGUGUCACGCGUGACGAUCAAGCAAGUGAUUACUGGGUAGCCAAUAUGCUGAAGUCGGUUUCUUUCUCGCAAGCCGUUGCGGUGGCGCUUCAAUCUCCGGGGACCAAGUAUGACUGUGUCAUUGAGGUUGGUCCACAUCCUGUGAUGCGUGGGCCAGUGAGCCAGAUCCUCGAGGACAUGUCAAGGCCAACAGACCUGCCGUACCUAUGCCUCGCAAAGCGAGCUAAAUCGGGCCUUCAAUCAUUUGCCGCGGCGAUUGGGGAGCUGUGGACUGUUUUUGGUCCUGGGGACCUUGAUGUACAGGCAUAUGUCAACGCAUUCAAUACCAAUGCUUCAGGAGCUGUGGUAAAGGGCCUGCCACGUUACCCCUUUGACCAUAGCCAGAGCUACUGGGCCGAGUCGAGAUUAUCCCGAGCCCGUUUACAUGCUCGCAAUCCACCCAAUGCGUUGUUAGGUGGAGUCCUUCCGACUUCUGGCCAGGGAGAGCGUCGUUGGAGGAACUACUUACGUCCCGAGGAGCUCCCUUGGCUGCAUGAGUAUAGACUGAAUGGGAAGUCCGUCCUUCCACCGGCAACGUAUGUCGCCAUGAUGGUGGAAGCAGCUAUUGCGGUGGCAGGGGCAUCUCCGGUACAAGUAAUCGAGCUUCAUGAACUUGAAAUCUACCAAGAAGUACCUGUCCCGUUAUACCAGGCGGGGCUUGAGACACUGUUCGCUGUGGGGGUAGAAUCAGACGGACCCUGCGCAACAGGAAAAUUUGCAUGUCAAGCAGCUGUUCAUGGCGAGCUCUGUCGUGUGGCCUCCGGCCGAUUCAAAACCACAUACGGCGCGCCUGAUGCGCGAGCUCUGCCUGCACGAUUCCCAUCAGCAGGGCUCAACCCGAUGGAUGUCGGCGAUUUCUACUCUCAUCUAUCUGCUCUCGGCCACGACUACGCUGGUGAUUUCAAACGUUUGUCUACACUUUCCUGCAACCGAAAAGCGGCUUCCACCACAAUGACCCAUCCAGGGAGCGAGAAUCAGCCAGCCUUACACAUCCACCCCGCUACGAUCGAUCACGCGUUCCAGACACUCUUAGCAGCGUCAAUUUCCAGAAGGGUGGAUAAAUUGACCAAGUCACUCUACAGAAUCUCGAAGAUCUCCUACCUGGCCAUUAACCCGACUAUGCGACCGGCAGACAGUGAAACCCUGACCAUUGACGCCGCACUCCUUACCAAAGCUCCAGGGCAAAUCACCGGUGCAAUAGACAUUUUCCGGUCAAACGACGAGUGUGUGGUAUCUUGUGAAGGACUUCACCUAAAUCGAACCGCGAAUCACCCCACCCUAUCUAGCCUGUUUAGCAGAAUGGACUGGAUACCUCUGCAACCCAGCGCAGCAGCGGGUGGCAAAGUGUUAUGCCGGCCGGGGGUCGUCAGUACGCUGAUGGGUCGUGAGCAGCUCGCGCUUCUGCAUCUGCGAGAACUAUGGGGCAUGAAUCCCGUCUGGCGACCGGGGUGGUUGGAGAAAAAUCUUGAGAAUAUCUGCACACCUGCACUUGGCCCUCUGGCGACGAUCUGUGAGGAGUGGAAAAGCCUGUUUGAUUUUGAGUGCAAGACUCGUGCUCCUACUGUUGAGCUUCUGGAUGAGUACUACGCCGCGAAUUUGCAGGAUUUCGCCCCAUGGUAUGACCGACUCGUGUCGCUGGUAGGACAGUUGGCAGCGCUUUAUCCUGAGAUGAAUAUUCUGGAGGUGACAAGUAGUGGAACGGAUCGAGUGACAAGACGCGUGCUGAGGGAGAUUGGGACUGCCUACAACACCUAUACACGGGCAGUCAUCCACAGGUCGAUGAUGGCACCGUCCACGAAGCCGCCUGCACAACCAUUCAUCCAGGAACAGGAUCUAGAAGAUCUGUCAUUUGAACCAGAUUCCGUCGAUCUCAUCAUUGUUCAUCAAGCCCUCUACAACACAAAGUCCUUAACCGACACCCUCACAAUGUUUCGCCGCCUCCUCAAAAUAGGGGGUUACCUCCUCGUUCUGGAAGAUACAAAUCCCCACUUGAUUCACCGAAACCUCCUACUCCCGUUAAGCGCUUGGCAAGGUAACGAUGCAGAACACCCAUCUCAUGGGCCUGUCCGCACCCGUGAGGCAUGGAAGGAUCUUCUCAUCGAUCACGGUUUCAGUGGAAUUGAUAGCAUAACCCCAAUUCAUGACGAGGUAAUAUCCGGCCUCUCGAUCAUAGUAUGCCAGACUGGUAAUCCCACGGUUCAUCCCACGCGAAACCUUUCUAUCCCAUCGAAUGAGCAUCCCGAUUUGGUGAUUGCAGCGGCGCGGAGUACGUGGAUGGAUCGGACUUGGCUCGCUGUUCAUGAAAACUUUCGACGUAUGGUGCUAGUCGAGGAUAUCAGCAAGAUUGAAUUUACGAAGGGGAGACCUGCGCCGGUGGUGCUUGUCGUAACGGACUCUUUAAAUCCCAGAGAUUGUUUGAGCCCCGGAGAGGAGACGAGACUACUACGACGAUUGUUCGCUGGCGCGAGCAAACUACUUUGGGUUACCUCCCGCUCUGGCGCUAGAAUGCCCGUCUCCCUCUCCAUGGCCGUUACAGCAGGCCUCCUCUGUGGUUUCUCAAUGGAGCAUCCAGACACCAUCUUCCAGUACCUGGAGCUCCCCUCUAGUUCGGCCUCCAAGGAAAAUGUCCGUACGGUGGCGACACUCCUGAUGCACCUCGUCCGUACUGAUGCUCGAGACAGUUCAAGGAUGACUACUGGUCCGCCUCUAGAGUCCCAGCUGCGACUGUCUGAGAAAGGUGUCCUGUAUGUACCGCGCCAUACAUAUUCCGACCGUAUGAAUCAGCGGCGCCUGGCUGCCCAUCUUCAAGUUGAAGACGUUGUUUUACUCAACCAGGACAGGCAAUAUUCUGUCCUGCAACUCGAACACGUAGGAACUGUUGAGAAGCGAAGCGCUCGCCUCCAUGCAUACCGGUCCACCAGACCCCUACCUGGUGUCUCCAUGACCACAGUCGAAGUCAAGGUUCAUUUCUCCACCGCGCAUAGUAUCAAAAUUGAAGGGGUUGGGGUUUUCUAUCUCUUGAUAGGAGUAGCUUCCAGGCCUAACAACGCUGAGUAUCCUCUGGCAGGAAAGGGUGGCUCUCGCCGCGUCCUCGCACUCUCUGAGCGCAAUGCGACGCGGGUACGUACUCCCUCUUCAUGGUGUUGGGCCGUACCCCCAGCCGUUUCUGCCGCAGAAGAACCUGGUUUCCUUGCGAAUACAGUGGGUAUGUUGGUCGCAAAAGGGAUCUUAUCGCAGACAGAACCCGGUUCUGUAAUAUUGGUUUUGGAACCUGAUAUCACCAGCCUCCAUGUCCUAAAUUCCCUCGCACCCUUGCAUAAGAUCGAGAUACUAGCUAUCACGCACAAGGCGACCGUCAAAGCCAAGAAACAGGGUGUGAUUUAUAUCCCUGAGCGUACGCCUACUCAUCGACUAAGGCAAAUGCUCCCAGUAUCUAAAGUGGGGGCGCUUGUUUUUCAUCACGCCAACAACGACGACAACGUGCAGAAACGUAUCCGCAGCUUGUUUCCAAGUACUCGGCAUUUUGAUAUCUGUUCAUUCUAUCAGGUCGUCACAGCGACGGCACAUUCACCAACACAUGUUCCUGCGUUCAGUAUUCGUACUGCCCUAGAGAGUGCAUCUGGGUGGCUCUACCCGAAGGACGCCACUUUCACGGUAUGCUCGGUGGCCAAAUCACUUUUCGGAGAAGUUGAUCUAGGGCCGACAACUGUGAUUGAUUGGUUAUCUGACGAGGGAACGCCGAUCAGAGCACAGAUCCACCCAGCGAGCGAUGGGGUGUCUCUGUCCCCACAGAGCACGUAUGUUCUCUGGGGGCUUCCCGAAGCCCUGGGGAGGGUUGUCGCCGAAUGGCUUGUCACCCAUGGCGCGCAGCAUCUAGUUCUUGUCGCACCAUUCUCCAAAAACCCCCAGUGGGUAUCUGCUAUUGCAUCUGGUGGCGCAAAAGUCAUCACAGUCCCCCCUAAAGAAGAUCUUGUACACACUGUUCUUGCGAUCCGCGGCCAUCCAUCCUUGCCUUCGGUCCAGGGGAUUGUGUUCAGCGGCGAACUUGAUACUGGCGUCACGCCUGAUAUAGCGCUAGCGAACACGAUUGAGAGGGCCAAAGCCCUAUCGCAGCUUUAUGACUCCCCCAAUCUAGACCUCUUUUUGGGGGUUGGUCGCUGCCCGGUCAAACAAGAUCCGCAACAGUACGCCGUAACUGAAUAUCUCUCAGCACUUGCUCAUCAGAGAGCGAUGUCUGGUCUUCCCGCAAGUGUACUUUGCCUUGGGCCCGGAUUGAAUAUUGAUGCCUUAGACGGGGACGACAUAUCGGAGAUUCUUGCGGAGGCUGUCCUGGCUGGAGAUCCUGUUGGUAGCAGAUUUCGUAUGGUUACAGCUGGACUCUGUCCUGAUACCGGCAGUCCAGAGUAUAAAGUAUGGGAAGCCAGCCACUGGUUCAACCCGGCAAUGUCUAAUAUGCUUGCCUUGUCAAGGAAAGCAAGGCAAGAGAACCUUGUUGUUAAAACAGACGCAGAGAACACGCCGUUAAGCGUUCAACUUGAGCGUGUCAAACAAACUGCGUCUGCCGUCACGGCUGUACGAGGUAUCCUGAGCCAGCACUUUACCAGAUAUCUCCAGGCGCUUCUGCAGUCUGCGACGGAGAUCACCGAUAAUACCCUGUUCAACGAACUUGGCGUUGACUCUAUAGUAGCGUCACAGUUGGGAGGAUGGUUUUCCAGGGAGGUUGGAGUGAAGGUUUCGGUUGUUUUCAUUCUUGCAGGGUCAUCCGUGGGUGAUGUUCUUCAAGAGGUCGCAGAGAAGUUUAUUUACUGAUUUAUCUUUCCUGUAUGAAUACAAAUUAUAUGCCUUACAUUUAAGAUGGUCCGC